GAUGUCCUGAGUCACUCCUCCAGGCCCAGAGAGCGGUGUGCUGAUGGGACCGGCUGCGCCACCAUGAGCUUACAAGAUGGCGGUUGCAGCUACGCCAUGGCCACCGCUAGUGGCAGCAUGCGGCGGCGCCUGGAGGACCAGGAGUUCAGCCUGCGUGUCUACCCAGGCGCCCUGGCUGAAGGCACCAUCUAUUGCCCUGUCAGUGCCCGCAAGAAUACAACAGCUGCUGAAGCCAUCGAGUGCCUCAUCGAGCGGUUGCACCUGGAGCGUACCAAAUGCUACGUGUUGGCUGAGGUGAAGGAGUUCGGUGGGGAGGAAUGGAUCCUGAACCCCUGCGACUGUCCUGUCCAGCGGAUGAUGUUAUGGCCGCGAAGUGCACUGGAGAAUCGCAGCGGUCUGGGCAGCGGUGACGACUACCGCUUCCUACUGCGGGAGAAGAACCUGGAUGGAUCUAUUCAUUAUGGGGGCAGCUUGCAGAUGUGGCUGAGGGUGACUGAGGAGCGCAGGCGCAUGGUGGAAAGAGGUUUCCUCCCCCAACCUGCAGGGAGCAACCCUCCGUCCGACCUGUGCGCUCUCCCAGAGCUAACUGAGCGCGCCAUUUUGGAAAGCCUUCGUGCGCGUUUCCGCCAGGAGAAGAUCUACACUUACAUUGGGAGUAUUCUUAUUGUGAUUAACCCGUUCCAGUUCCUGCCAAUCUACAAUCCUAAAUAUGUCAAAUUGUACGACAACCAUGCUCUGGGGAAGCUGGAGCCGCACAUUUACGCCGUAGCAGAUGUGGCGUAUCAUGCAAUGCUGCAGCGAAGAAGAAACCAGUGCAUUGUCAUUUCUGGUGAAAGCGGGUCUGGGAAGACCCAGAGCACCAACUUCCUCAUUCAUCACCUGACGGCACUCAGCCAGAAGGGGUUCGCCAGCGGCGUGGAGCAGAUCAUCCUGGGAGCUGGGCCAGUGUUAGAGGCCUUUGGGAAUGCCAAGACGGCCCACAACAACAACUCCAGCCGCUUCGGAAAGUUCAUCCAGGUCAACUACCAGGAAAGUGGCACUGUCAGGGGAGCCUAUGUGGAGAAGUACCUGCUGGAGAAAUCCCGUCUGGUGUACCAGGAGCACAAUGAGAGGAACUACCAUGUGUUCUACUACCUGUUGGCCGGAGCCAGUGAAGAGGAGAGGAAGUCCUUUCACCUGCUCAAACCUGAGGAAUACCACUACCUCAACCAGAUGACAAAGAAAUCGCACAAACUCCACUGGGACAAUUACUAUGAGAGCGAGCUGGACUGCUUCACCGUGGAAGGAGAGGAUCUGAAACACGACUUUGAGCGGCUGCAGCUGGCUAUGGAGAUGGUCGGCUUCCUCCCCGCCACACGCAAACAGAUUUUCUCACUGCUGUCAGCGAUCCUCCAUCUGGGCAACAUCCGCUACAAGAAGAAGACCUACAGGGACGAUUCAAUCGACAUCUGCAACCCAGAGGUCCUGCCCACCGUCUCAGAGCUGCUAGAGGUGAAGGAGGAGAUGCUGCUCGAAGCGCUGACGACCAGGAAAACUGUCACUGUCGGAGAGAGGCUCAUCGUGCCCUACAAACUUGCUGAGGCGGGCACUGUGAGGGACUCCAUGGCCAAGUCACUGUACAGUGCACUGUUUGACUGGAUUGUGUUCAGGACCAACCACGCCCUGCUCAACAACAAGGACCUGGAGGACAGUUCAAAGAUCCUCUCCAUAGGAGUCCUCGACAUCUUUGGUUUUGAGGAUUAUGAGAGCAACAGCUUUGAACAGUUCUGCAUCAACUUCGCCAACGAGCGACUCCAGCACUACUUCAACCAGCACAUCUUCAAAUUAGAACAGGAGGAGUACAGGUCAGAGGGCAUCACCUGGCACAACAUCGACUACAUCGAUAACAGUGGCUGCAUCAAUCUCAUCAGCAAGAAACCGACAGCUCUGUUCCACCUGCUGGAUGAGGAGUGCAAUUUCCCUCAGGCUUCCAAUCAGACCUUGCUGGACAAGUUCAAGCGUCAGCAUGAAGGAAACAGCUACAUCGAGUUCCCUGCUGUCAUGGAGCCUGCCUUCAUCAUCAGACACUACGCUGGUAAAGUCAAGUAUGGAGUCAAGGACUUCAGGGAGAAGAACACCGACCACAUGCGACCCGAUGUAGUGGCCUUGCUGAAGAGUAGCAAGAACGCCUUCAUCUGUGGCCUGAUGGGAAUCGACCCUGUGGCGACUUUCCGCUGGGCCGUGUUGCGAGCUUACUUCAGAGCCCUGGUGGCUUUCAGGGAGGCCGGCCGCAAACACACCGACAAAAAAACUGCAAACGAUGCAGCAGUUCCCUGUACUGUUGUCAAAACUGUCGACAGCUUCAGUUUCCUCCACCACCCGGUUCACCAGAGGAGCCUUGAGAUCCUUCAAAGAUGCAAAGAUGAGAAAUACAGUAUCACAAGAAAGAAUCCCCGCACUCCUCUGUCCGAUCUUCAAGGCACCAACGCCCUGAAUGAGAAAGCCAGCUGGGAUGGCUAUGGCGUUGGCUGCAACGGUCGCAGCUCCAGGUCGAGUCGUCUGUCCUCAACAGGAAGUCCCGCCCUGGAGGAAGACGGGAUCUUCCUCAACUCGACCAACAGCAAGCUCCUGGAGAGAGCUCAGGGUAUCCUAAUGAGAAACAAAAACUGCAAAAGCAAGCCAACCCUUCCCAAGCACUUGUUGGACGUCAAGUCCCUGCGCUACCUGAGCAGCGUGACGCUGCACGACCGCAUCACCAAGUCUCUGCUUCACCUGCACAAGAAGAAGAAGCCGCCCAGCAUCAGUGCACAGUUCCAGGCUUCCCUCAAUAAGCUGAUGGAGACGCUCGAUCAGUCCGAGCCGUAUUUCGUCAAGUGUAUUCGAUCCAACGCUGAGAAGCUGCCGUUGCGUUUCAAUGACACUCUGGUGCUCAGACAACUCAGAUACACAGGGAUGCUGGAAACUGUCCGCAUCCGCCAAUCAGGAUACAGCAUCAAGUACACCUUCCAGGACUUUGUGCGUCACUUCCACGUGCUGCUGCCUCGAGGCACGAGCCCAACCAAGUCAGGCAUCAGGGAGUUUUUCAGACAGAUCCACCUGCUGCCUUCUGGGUAUCAAGUGGGCAACACGAUGGUGUUCCUGCGGGAGGUGGAGCGCCAGCGACUUCAAACCCUCCUCCAUCAGGGGGUGCUGCGGCGAAUCGUCACACUGCAGCGCCGCUUCAGGGCCGUGCUGGAGCGGAAGCACUUUGUCGACAUGAGACGAGCUGCGUGUGCCAUCCAGCGAUGGUGGCGACGCUGCCUCCUCAAACAAUCCACCAUGGACUCCAGUAUUGAGGAGGGGGCGGCAGUUUGUCUGCAGGCGGCCUGGAGGAGCUAUACGGAGCGCAGGAAGUUCCUGCAGUGGCGAGAGGCUGCCGUCAUCAUUCAGAGGAGCUGGAGAAACUGCCGCCACCGCAGAACUUUGGCAGCUGUAACGGUUCAAGCUGCCUGGAGAGGAUUCAGAGAGAGGAGCCACUACUGUCAGACGUACAGAACUGUGACGCAGCUUCAGACGACGGGCAGAGGAUACAUGGCUCGACUCAGGUUCAGAGAAUUGAAGCGGCAGCAUGAAAGACAGCGACUCAGUGGCCAUUCAUCCGCAGAGAUAGAUGCAGGAACCACGGAGGAGCUCUCCUCAUUGGGUCAGGAGAGUUAUGUCCAGGACAUCUCUGCAGAACUUUCUGAAGACCACAAGACUGUUCUGUUCGGUGUGGGAGAGACAGAGAAAGGAGAGGACUCGGAGCGAAGCAGGAGCAUAGAUGAGACGAGCCACAAGAACCGGUCGAAACGAGAGAGCAGACGGAUGAGAGAGUUGGAGCAGGCUCAGUUCAGCCUGAAGCUUCUCAGGGUCCGCACCACCAGCGUAGGAGGUCCUGCUCAAGAGGACUCAGUCCCUGACAGUGGCACCUCUCAGCUGGAGGAACAUCACAGACAUUCACCCCGAGGAUCCCCAGCAAGUCAAGGAAGCUUUGAAUUCCUUAUUGUAGAAGACAUGGACACUGAAGGCUCUGUACCCCAAGACCAACCCCAAGCUCCAGAUAUAGAACUACAAGAGGGGCAGACAGAUUCAAACCAUAAUGAAAAGCCUCUGUCUGAGGGUCCCAGGGCAACAUUUUAUAUCGCUUCUGACCAAAGUCCAGUUCAUGAACAAAAAUACGAAAGCCCCAGUAAAUCUUACAAAGAGAGAAGGGAGUCUACAUCUCGUAGGCCGGUCGUGGUUUUAAUCAGUAUGCAGAAGGAAAGCCCUGUGGAUGAGGAGGAGCUGCUGGCAGCCCAAAUCCCAAAGAGCUCUCCUCAAACAGAAGCAGCAUCAUCCACUUCUCAAAUGACACCCAUUGUAGGCCUGGAGGUGGGAUCAGACAUCGAGCCGGCUCUCGGGACUGCUCCCCUGACCACAAGAGAUGUAAACGGGCUGGAUAAAUCCUUAAAGGUCACCUCUUCUACUGCUCUUGGGUCAAGUUCAGACGUAGCAGGGCUUUGCUCCUCAGAGGUGGACAUCCAGAUUGUCCUGGAGCCCAAGCCCGCCACUCUCCCCGGUCAGCCGGAAAGGAAUGCGGUACAGCCGGCGCAGGAGGCUCCCAGCCCGAUCCUGGACACCAAACCUCCCAAAGCCCAGAAGAAGAGCUCAGCCCAGACUGUGAUAGUGAAUAUGCUGGAGAAACCGUCUGCCACAGUGUUCUCGCCACCCAGACGCAAACUACCAUUCUCCAAGUCCGAUAAGGACUUGGUGAACCAGGAAAGAUCUCUUGCCAUGUUCAGAGACGACUCCAAAUCUGCUGGGUCCAGAAACAGAGAGCAGGUCGGCCGUCCAGGCCCCAAAAAGAAAGCUAGAAUGUCCCGGACACGCUCUGACUUCCUCACCCGCUGUAACUCUGAGGGGGCAACCCAGUCGGACGACGACGACGAGUACUACAUCCUUGCCCACUCCCACACGCUGCCCCCAUCCCUGUCCCUCCCACAUGCCCACCCUGAGACGGACUGUCACAGUGACUCAGAGAUGUCUUCUCAUAAAGACCAGAAGAAGAUCCAUAAGACCAUGUCAUCAGGAGACCUGGGCAAGGUUGAGGUCCUGAGGAAAACCUCCAGUCAUGAUGGAAGCAGGAUGAGAGGGAAGAUGCGAUUCUGGAGUAAGACGAAGCACGGAGAGAAAAAACUGUCAAGAGAGAAGCAGACGAGCAGGAGUGAAGCAGGAGAGACACAUGAAGGCCCCUCUCCCCCGCACAGUCCGGACCUUGAGGCAGCUUCUGCUCGGGCUGUCAGGGACAGCAAGGAGAACAAGGAGCUGUCUCCUAAAAUGAGACGACGUCGCAGUGUGAAGAUCAGCAGCAUCGCCCUGGAGCCCACCCAGUGGCAGAACGAUGCCCUGCACAUCCUCACGUCGGCCCAUGACUACCGCAGCAUGAACGACUUCCUCAUGAAGAAGAUCGCUGACCUGGAUUCUGAGGAUGGUAAGAAGGACACCAUGGUGGAUGUCGUGUUCAAGAAAGCGCUGAAGGAGUUCAGGAUCAACAUCUUCAACUCGUACUCCACUGCUCUGGCUAUGGAUGAUGGGAAGAGCAUCCGCUACAAGGAUCUUUAUGCCUUGUUCGAGCACAUCCUGGAGAAGACCAUGCGUCUGGAGCAGAGAGACUGGAGCGAGUCGCCGGUGAAGGUGUGGGUCAACACAUUUAAAGUCUUCCUGGAUGAAUUCAUGACUGAGUACAAGCCCAUGGAGGGAACCAUCGGCAGGGCUCCUAAACGUGAGCGCAAGAAGUCAAGGAAGAAGGAAACGGACAUUGUGGAAGAACACAAUGGCCACAUCUUCAAGUCCACCCAGUACAGCAUCCCCACCUACUGCGAGUACUGCUCCUCCCUCAUCUGGAUGAUGGACCGAGCCUGCGUCUGCAAACUGUGUCGCUACGCCUGCCACAGGAAGUGCUGCUCGAGGAUGACAACCAAGUGCAGUAAAAAGUACGAUCCAGAGUUGUCGUCGCGGCAGUUUGGCGUGGAGUUGUCUCGUCUGACCAGCGAGGAGCGGACGGUGCCGCAGCUGGUGGAGAAGCUCAUCAACUACAUCGAGAUGCACGGCCUCUACACAGAGGGGAUCUACAGGAAGUCGGGCUCCACCAAUAAGAUCAAAGAACUCCGUCAGGGGCUGGACACAGCUAAUUGCAGAUCUACUACUACAACCACUACUCCUACUGCUACUUCUACUCCUACUGCUCCUGCUGAUGUGAACAGUGUGAAUCUGGAUGACUACAACAUCCACGUCAUUGCCAGUGUCCUCAAACAGUGGCUGCGUGACCUGCCCAGCCCUCUCAUGACCUUCGAACUGUACGAGGAGUUCCUCAGGGCCAUGGGUCAGCAAGACAAGCGGGAGGUGAUCCAAGGGGUGUAUUCGGUGAUCGACCAGCUCAGCAGGACACACCUGAGCACUCUGGAGCGUCUCAUCUUCCAUCUGGUUAGGAUCGCCCUGCAGGAGGAGACUAACAGGAUGUCAGCCAACGCCCUCGCCAUCGUGUUUGCUCCCUGCAUCCUUCGCUGCCCCGACUCGAUUGACCCUCUGCAGAGCGUCCAAGACAUCAGCAAAACCACUGCAUGUGUGGAGCUCAUCAUCAACGAACAGAUGAGAAAGUACAGAGCUCGACUGAAGGACAUCAGCAGUCUGGAAUUUGCAGAGAGCAAAGCCAAGAGCAGACUGACCCACAUCAGGAAAUCCAUGAAACCAGUACUAAUUGCUGUUAGGUUUAUGAGCAUUACCCGCACUGCUACCCCGCCUAACACAGCUAAACUUAAGAGCAAAGGCCGUGUGCGACAGAGCAGCAGCCACACGCCCUCGCCUCCUCUCAGUCCCAGAGCGACUUCUGAGCUGGAUGGAGACAGUGCAGGAGGAGGAGAAGGAGGAGGAGGAGGAGGAGGAGGAGGAGAGGAUGCAGCAGAGGCUGGGCUGAACGAGCAGCAGCAGCUGGUGAUGCAGCAGGAGGAGCGGAUCCUCACUGAGCAGAUUGAGAGUCUGCAGAAAGAGAAGGAGGAGCUGACGUAUGAGAUGUUGAUCUUGGAGCCACGGGUGUCUGACGAUGAGACUCCUGAAUCUGAAGCCUCCAUCGGAACAGCAGACAGCUCUGAAAAUAUUACCAUGGAGACCAAAGGAGCUGCAUCUGACCCCUUGGAGCGUGGCACUUAUCGCUCCAGAAAGUCGGAGGCAAAGAGCAGACGAGCUCUGCAUCGUCAGCCGGACUCCCAGGACUCAGCAGACUCCACCUCCACGAUCUCCUCCUACCACCCCUCCUCUUCUCUCUCCUCCAACGCCUCCGGCUCUCCGUCCCCUCACUACAGGUUCCGCUCCUCCUCUUCCGGGCCGUUGCUCACCUCCUGCGGUUUGGGGACCCCAUUGGGUGAAGCAGAGGCAGGUCACAGAGGUGGCAAGACCCAGCACAGGCUCAGACUGAGCCGCAGCUCACCACGCGAGCCCUCGGGGAGCCACCGGAGGGAGUCUGAAUUCAGCUCGGGGCCGCAGCAGCUGGUUCUGUAUGGGAGCAACGAGUUCAUGGUGUGAAGCCAAGGAGAGAAGGAGCGCCGGCCACCGCCUGUUGGAGCACAGGAGGGUGUGCGAGAAGUGGGAGGAGGGAGAGUCCAGGGAUGGAUGAGGCUGGUCACGGGGCGAGUUUCAUGCCAAAUGUCGACUGCUGCCCCUCCUCUGUUCUCACCACCCUCCUCCCCUGGUCCAGUCAAAGCAAAAAGCUGUGAGAAUCAAAGAAGACUGGACGUAGUACAUAGAGGGACAAGACAACAAAGAUGGUCAAAGACUGACGACUAAUGUGAAUAGAGGGAGUGAAGUGAAACGUUUUUUGACACUAUGAUCUCAGUGCUGUUUGACCCCUGCUGGAGCACCAGGGGUCAGUUAGGGGAGAGAAGAAGAAGUGGAAGAAGCGAAGGACGGGUGGAGAGACACAGAAAUAAAAAACACUCCUGCAAAGCCAAAUCUGAUAGUGCCCUGUCUUCAUUUUUUUAGCAUGUGGUCAGGUGGUAAAAGCCAACCCCGAAGAAAUGUAGCCAUACCGAACUGAACUGGCGGACAUUUUGUCUGUAACCAGCGCCAAGCUUUUCACGUUUACACAGGACACACCAGCCAAGAGGCUGCAUGCUUCUCCAUCACACUUUUUCCUAUGUCAAUUUGAAGAAACUGUACAGAAAUAUGUCACAGCUCUA